CUCUCUCCCGUACUGCUUCUCCUCUACCUCCGCCGCCAGCCAGCCACUGCCUCGAUUCGCUCCCCUCCGGCCCUCCUGUCGCGCGCGCUCUGCCUCGCUGGCGCCACGGUCGCCCGCGCCGGCAGGCUCGCUGAUAGGCUCGAGUCCCUCGACGCCAUCGCCUAGAUUGUCUACUAGCUGGCCCCCGCUCGCCGCGAGGUGGUGCUUGCGGAGGUGGCGGCGAUCGUGCCUGCAUGGUGCUCGACAAAAAGGUGCUCUACGAGACGACAUCUGCUUCCGCGCGCACAAGCUCACCAUGCACAACUUCGGUGACGUUUAGCCACCUCAUCUCCGCCACCAUGAGCGGCGUCACCUGCUGCCUUUGCUUCUCCGGUCAGCUCAACUCCGAUCUCCGUAGGCUAGCCGUCAACCUGAUCCCAUUCCCGCGCCUGCACUUCUUCAUGGUCGGCUUCGCGCCGCUCACCUUCCGGGGGCUCCUAGAAAUAUCGCGUCCUGACUGUGCCAGAACUCCCAAAAUAGAUAUGGGAUGCCAAGAACAUGAUUUGCAUCGUGGACCCGCGCCACGGUCGCUACCUGACGGCGUCCGCCAUGUUCUGCGACAAGAUGAGCAGCAGGGAGGUGGACGAGCAGAUGCUUAACGUGCCAAACAAUGACUCCUACUUCGUGGACUCGAUCUCCAACAACGUCCAGUCCACGGAUGUGCCUCUUUUGAGAGUGAAUUAUACUUUUACUCAAUUAGGAUAUGUGUUUCUUUGGAUCUUUGUUUGAUUAAUGAUUUUUUUGGAUGAGAGUGUGGCUACAGGAUGAAGCAAUGCAGUUUUUGAUGGAACGCACAUGUGCAGUAUACAAAUGGACCAUCAGGUUGCGGGUAUGUUUUUCGGACAAAUUAUUCCAUUUUUUUCUAUUUUGUUGUUCCAUCGAGUCUAAUUGGAUUGGGAAUGCACAUGCUAACUAUACCACUAGAACAUUAGAUCAUGUUGUUUUUGGACAAAUUAUUUUAUUUUUCCGUUCCAAAUUUCUCCCAUUAAGUCUAACUGGAUUCAAGUGUGAUAUUAGAAAUCACCAAGGGACAAAUCAUGGUGGCAUUUGAGGUUGUUCUUUCUAACUGUCAUGUUAUUUUUGUUGGGACUUAAUUAUAAAGAUUGAUGUUUCAUAAUGAUUUUCAAUAUUGGUCCACUCUGUUUAAGUACUAUAGAUGAAUUAACAAUUUUAAUUGUCUUAGCCUGCUGCUGAUGUCAUCUUUCUAUAGCCUAAUACUAUUUCCCUCUUUUGUAUCGAACUAGAGCAAAAUACCACCCCUACUUGUUACAGAAUAGACUCCUGUCAGCAUAGCUUCGCCAUAUUUUGCAUCUAUGCAAAAAUGAUUGUUUGU